UCUGACAGCAGCACCAGGACUCUGCGGAACCCUCCGGGACCCUCCAGGACUCCCACAGGAAUAUGGACCCCAAGCGCCUCUCCUCAAGCUCUCAGCAACAGGUUCGGCUCAGGCAAAAGAGGACAAAGAGAGAAUGGAGACCGCUGGAGGACCGGAGCUGCACAGACCUGCCCUGGUUUCUGCUCUUCACCGUCUUCUGCGUCGGCAUGGGCAGCAUCUGCGGGUUCACCAUCGUCACCGGCGGCGCCGCUCGCCUCGUCUUCGGAUAUGACAGCUAUGGCAACACUUGCGGCCAACGAAAUGAACAGAUUGAAGGCGUCAGGCUGAGUGGCCUCGACCACACAGACAGGAAGUUUGUUUUCUUCCUGGAUCCCUGUAACAUCGACAUUGUUCAAAGGAAAAUCAAGUCGAUGGCUCUUUGUGUGUCUCUGUGUCCCACAGAGGAGCUGAAGACCUACCAGGACCUGAAGAGGUUCGCUAUGGUCAAUGGUUCUGAGCUGUGCUCCUAUGAGUUAGCAGCUCAUAGAUAUCCUGUUCUCGAACAGAGGACCACUAAAUGCCCCAAACUACCUGUUCCACCCAGUAAACCGCUGCCCGUGUUUAAUCGCUGCACUCCGGUGGACAUCUCCUGCUACGCAAGGUUUGCUGAGGCUGUGGUGACGUUUGUCGGGGAUAACAGUGUUCUGCACCGACUGAUCGCUGGCGUCGCUGCCAGUAAAGAGAUCAUCAUCGGACUUUGUGUCCUCGCACUGUUCCUCUCCAUGAUCCUCAUGGUGAUCAUUCGUUACAUCUCUGCUGUCCUCGUCUGGAUCCUCACCUCACUGGUUGUCCUUGGAUCCCUUGCGGGGACUAGUGUGCUCUGGUGGCUCUACAUUGACUACCGGCUAUACGGGAACGACACUUCCUCUAAAGUACUGAAGGAAGCGAAAGAGGAGGUGGAGGUCACCAGAGAUAGCGGACAGGCACUACUUGUCUAUGCCGUUGCUGCCACUGUAUUCACUAUCAUCCUUCUGCUGCUGAUGCUCUUCAUGAGGAAACGAGUAGCUCUGACCAUCGCUCUGUUCCACGUAGCAGGAAAAGUCUUCAUACACCUCCCCCUCCUCACCCUGCAGCCCUUUGUCACCUUCUUUGCCCUCCUGCUCUUUUGGAUCUACUGGAUCCUGGUCCUUCUCUUCUUGGGAACCACCGGUAACCCCGUACAGAACGAGGAGACGGGGCUGACGGAGUUCAGACUGACCGGUCCUCUUCAGUACUUGACCUGGUACCAUGCUGUGGGCCUGGUCUGGAUCAGUGAGUUCAUCCUGGCCUGUCAGCAGAUGACUGUGGCCGGUGCUGUGGUCACGUACUAUUUCACAAGGGACAAGAACCGACUCCCAGUGACUCCAAUCCUGUCCUCAGUCCUGAGGCUGGUCCGGUACCACCUGGGCACAGUUGCAAAAGGAUCCUUCAUCAUCACACUGGUCAAGAUCCCACGACUCAUCCUCAUGUACAUCCAUAAUCAGCUCAAAGGAAAGGAGAAUGCGUGCGCUCGCUGUAUGCUGAAAACUUGUAUCUGUUGUCUGUGGUGUUUGGAGAAGUGCCUCAACUAUCUCAAUCAGAAUGCAUAUGCAGCCACAGCCAUCAACAGCACCAGUUUCUGCACGUCUGCACGUGAUGCCUUCGUGAUCCUGGUAGAAAACGCGCUGCGAGUCGCCACAAUAAACGCCAUUGGAGACUUUGUGCUCUUCCUGGGGAAGAUCCUGAUUGUGACGACGACGGCGUUCGCUGGAGUCCUCCUCCUGAACUACCAGCGGGAUUACGCAGAGUGGCUGCUGCCGCUCAUCAUCGUGUGUCUUUUCUCCUUCCUGGUGGCCCACUGCUUCCUGUCCAUCUUUGAGAUUGUGGUGGACGUCCUCUUCCUCUGCUUCGCCAUUGAUACAAAGUACAACGACGGCACUCCAGGGAAGGAGUUCUUCAUGGACAAAGCUCUGAUGGAGUUUGUGGAGAGCAGCCGGCGGUUGGAGCGUGCUGUGGAACGUGGGCGGAGUCGGGUGAAGGAAGUGGCAUCAGAAGGGGCGGAGAUCAAGCCCAUGGCUCCGGGGACGAGUUCAGCUUGACCAAAAUCAGCCAAUGGGACUUGUUAAAAAGAGACAUUCCAAAUGUUUAUUUUUACCAACGUGUAACAUGUUUACUAUGGUUUCACUCCAGGGAAAACAAUAUUUUAAUAAGAAACUGUAAAAAAGUAACAAUGUAAUGAAGCACUUUAUAUUGAAGCGCUGCAGAUUUUAAACUGGCUGAUGCAUUUUUUUCGUAGUGAUGUCCUUUUUUAUAAAACUCACCCCAACUCAUCGCUCACUCUUCAGUUCCUAACAGUUUUCAGCCACUUUUCCGUUUUUUGUCUUAACGUUUGUUUUGGAGACGACCCGCGCAUCGCGGAAAACAGCUCGUCAACCAAGUCAUCAAAGGGACGGGGCCUGUGGACAGGCGGAACAGCAGCCAUAAAACUCCAUUUAUUUGGUGGACGAGAUCUGUCCAGGUCAUACCGAGGCUGUCAGACUCUAUGUGGGAUGGAUCACCACGAGUGUGCGUUUUUUGUUUUUUCUACCGUAGUUACUGCUACAACCUGCAAGGUGUGGGUCAUGAGACCAGUCAUGUGACUCCUUAAUGCAGCACCUUCAGUUUGCUGAAGCCUGAAGUUCUCCUGCAGCUAGGAAGGACAACAGAGCUUGUGGAGAAGACGGGGUUAGUGGCUCUUUUUUAAAUCCACCAGACUUGUUUGACAAAAACAGGGAUUUUUUUAACACUGAAAAUGAGUGUUAUUGACCUAUUUGUGUGACUUUUGCUUUUUAAUGCAUUAGUUUAGGUUCGAAUUAAUGCAUUAUAACACCAAAGUAGCACAAUAUUACAAACUAUUCAAUUGUGGCAACAGUAGAUGAGUAACUCCUGUGUUCUUUGAGGUAAAAUUACUGUUUUGAUGAAUGGGGUCUGGUGGAGUGUAACAGCUUCAGUUACUUGUUUAAGAAAAGCUGUUUAAUAUGGGUAAAGUGGAGAAAAUCUUGUGUACAUAGCAGCUCAUGGUUCUUGUUUGUGCAUCUGCUUGUGGGCGUGGCCUUCUGCCACCCACUGCAGAUAACAUAUUGACUGUGAACAGUGGAAAAUAAUUUUAAAAGGUUUCCUGACUGAUAAAUCAAUACAUUUGAAAUCACGCUCUUUUUAAAAAAUAUCAAUCAGUCAUUUCAAACACCAAGAUAUGUAUUGUGCAUUGCCUAAACAUAUCAGGACAGAAUCUUUGAUGCAUAUCAGACCUAUAAAUAGCCUAUAGAAAACUGUCUCCAUCAGUCACAUGACUCUCACCUCGUAGGCUGUAACAAUCAGCCGAGUCCCCUUGUGGUCGGGGCUCAAAAUGGUUUACUGGCGUCAGAGACGGAUGCUCCAACAAACAAUCACCCGGAUCCCACUUCCUGUCCAGAGCCGAAACCGCCGUCUCUGAAACGGCCACAAAUCAAAUUGUUGUUUCCAUUGAGAAGACGGUGGGAGAUGUGACGGCUGAGUUCAGUCAGCAAUAAAAAAAACUGCAUCAUGUGACCACAUCAACAACGACAACAAGUCUUCCUGCUUCCUUUUGUUCAACAUGUUCCAGGUUCAAUGAUUAAUUUCGCCUCAGGCAGGAAGUCCGACCAAUGGCUCGACUGUCAGAGGUUUAAUCUCCUUUUAUUGUUCAACAAGGCAACUCAUUGGGCAACCUGAGAAAGAAAGGUUGCCCAAAAUGUGAGUUUGAGUUAUCAGAAUGUCUUGAGUCAAGUGCUGAAGAAAGUGAAACUUUUGAUUUGAGAGCAACGGUGCUGCCGAGGAAACUGCUCUCCUGGUUGGCCAACAUGUUGCCUUGUUGCACUGCAGGUUAAGCUGUGUGUGAGGCUGAAUCCAAGCGUCCUUCCUUCAGACUGAAAUACAGACUUAACCCAGAUAGCAAACAUGUCUGGCCUUAUCUGGGCACUUUGGGGACCUACAGUUCAGUUAUGUUGUGUAGACUGAACACUCCUAUAUCAUCCCAAAUCCUAAAUCAUUAUGAUGAUCUGCACAUGAGUACCUCCCAUUGGAAACCAGGUUCAAAAUGGAGGGAAAUUAAUAAAUGUUUAGAACCUAAUUAGUGCUGCAAAUAAAAUCCUAAAAUUUCCCUCACCAAAACUGAAGCUCAGAACAUUUGGACAGUCAGUUAGUACAGAAACCUCACAGCAGCCAUAUUAUUGGUCAGAUAAUUGCAUAAAAAUGCUUCAACAAACACGGUGCAGAGGUCCAGUUCUAACUCCAGUUACUUGAGGUGAAGCCUAGCAGACAGCUAGCCGCUACAGUCAGCUGUAUCACUAUCCAGCUGUCAGUCAAAGAGACCACACCCCUAAUUAUGCAAACUUCAAGCCUUAAUAUAAUUUAAAGAGGUGAGUUAUAAAAACAUUCUUGACCUGUAGACGUGUUAUGAAGGUGUAAAUUAUCUAUAGAGACAAAAAACGUUUUUAUAUAAACUGUAAACAUGUUUAUUUCUGCUGUAAAGUUUUAACAUGGGGGUUUAUGGGGACUGACUCACUGCUGGAGCCUCCGGUGGAUGUUAGAAGAACUGCAGCUUGUGGGCACUUUACCAUUUGCAUCAGUGGAAACAGCAACUUUCAUUCACAUUAUUCAAAAAAUGUUGCCUUUACAAGCUGUUUACAGUAAACUGAAGCUGAAGGUGUUUCCAUGGAGACACCCUAAGGAUGAAGUCUGGAGUUUGGACGUUCUCUGGGUUCAGUCAGUUUAAAGUUUGUUGUGUUCAAACAUCGACCUGCUGACAUGUUUCUGGUCUGAGUCUGUGACGAUGAACAUCUGUGUGCAGUUUAACACUUUUUGUUCCUGAGAUGUUAAUGGGCGCAGCUGAUUGGCUCCGACCGGCGGUGUUUAGGCUGCGACUGUUCCCAUCAUGCACCUCGUCUCUGCCAAACACCUCCUUCACUUUGACAGAUAAACCACUCAGAGAGGCCAAACUGAGGAGCGUCUCCUCCAAACAAAAACAAAACAACCCGACAGAUUCACAAGCUGUUGUGGAAAAUCUCUCCGUGUGCAGAAAACUGGACCUCAGUGUGACAUUCAGCUUUCAAUUAUUAAGCGCAUGUGUGUGAAAAAGCAGCGAGGCCGUGGUCGCCGCACUCGAUGCUCUGAGCAUGUUAACUAAUUGCACUAAAGAUGGAGUUCAUUCAUCACUGACGUCCGUUUGAAUUAGCUGUAAAGUAUUUUAGAUGAACAGUGUUCGUAGCUCAGAUAUUACCACACACACUUACACUCUCUCACACACACAUUUAUUCAUGUUUAAACGUCCCAAAAAGAAAAAACUAAGAGCAAUCAAAGGAAAUAUUUAACUCCUGCUAUUCAGAUACACUUAGAUUAGUUUGGACCAUGUGACUGCUGUCGCCGGGCAGAUUAACUUGACUGCAGAUUAACCUGGAACUGAGAAGUUUCAUUCCAACAUCAGAAAAGUCUGAUCAUUUCAAGUAUUCAGUUAGAAUUUGUACAGACACUUAUAUACAGGACUCAAAUCAAUUUAAGUGGUGUGUCUCCUAAAACACAAACAGACUUCACUUUGGGGUAUUUUUGUCCAGACAUCUCUACAGAAUUGUUUUAAUUAAGAAACUUUAGAGGGUGUUCUGGCGUGACCGGCCUGUUUAAGGACUUUAUGUGAAAAUCAUGAACUAACAAAGCAAAUUUGUUAUUUAUUUAACUCUAUUUCUUCUUGGAAUGAAACAUUUCAGCUCCUCUUCCUUGUCUGCUGAUUAAUUAUACGUUUCAUUUACCAUUAUCCAUCCAGUCGGCACGCAGAGGUCAAGCUGCUGCUGAAGGUAUAGGGUCAGCAGGUGAGCUGUGGGUUAGUGACACUCCAAUCAGAAUCUUUGUAUCGACUGACUUAUGCAGCGUUGUCAUAAUCAGACUGCUUUUUUUCCCCCAGUGGAUCUUAUUGUAUUUUUUUAUUUAAACACAGGGUGCAUCUAACUUUAAGGUCAAAUCUGUCAAAUUUGCAUAAAGAAAACAGCUUUUAAAAAGAGAAGCAUCAGUUUGAAAUCACACAGGUAAAAACACAAAACACAAAUUUAAGGCUGAUUUAAGUCAAAUUCUGUCUCGUCUCAGAAGGUAAAGAAUGUUUCCAAAACCUGAACUGAGCCCCAGAUCUGUCACAAACGUGACCUGGUGUUUGUGAUGUUUGAGCUGCUUGUAGCUCAGUGAGAUUUAGGUUACAGCCUAUGUGAAAACAUUUCACCUCUUCUUUAAAAUAAAGUAUAAAAACUUCAUCGUUACUGGAGGGUUAUCAGGUUGCAUCUCGUCUUUCUACUUUAAGAAGUUUAGAAUGGGUUAGCUUUGAGUCUCGACAAAUUUGACCAAACUCACAAAAACUAUCCAAAUACAAAGUAAAUUUCAUGUAUGUUUUUUUUUUUUUUUUACUUCACAACAUUGUUUCAGUUCAUCACCAUUAUUUUUUCCCAAAGAUUUGCUUUAUGUAUUUCAGUUAACUAAAGUGUUUUUUCAGGCUUUAGUAAUUAUAAUAAGUGGUCUGAACAGGAGGUGGGUGGGGCUACUGUGCCCUACAUCUUACAGCUUCAAAAGAGGAAAACAACUCUUUGAAUCUAAGCCUUUAGAGUGGCAACCUGAGCUUUUGGCUCACAGGGAUUACUUGAGAAAUUCUUUAUUUGAAACCUGUUCAGUAUGACAGGAAAUAACUAAAAGCAGAAGAGCAGAUGUAUUCAGGACGACUUCCUCUUGUUUGAGCUGGUUCUUUGAGUUUGUGUGACCAAGGUUUUAGGUGGUCAGUAGUAUUUCACAGAACCUGAAGAGGACGGUUAACCUGCCCCCGUUUCUGCAUGCCGCUCUUCAGGUGUGAUAUCAUAUCUUUGGUAUUUGGAGAUCUCGGCAGUCACAGCUAAAAUGGUCUUAUUUAUUCUCCUGUGAAGUUUAUAGGUCCAUUUGUCAGAGCCUUGAAGUUGUUUCUUGCUUUUUACCCCUCAGCCAUAAAAGGUUGACCUUUUAGUGACCUGAACUUCAAUGUGAAGGUCAGAGGUCAAGUUUUCUGAAAAUGUUGUCGUAGGUGCAUCUGCUAGGAGGCUGGGGGUAGCACUUAAAACUUAACAACAUUUUAAUAACAUGUUUGCAUAUUCUCUCCCGAUUAUUAACAUCUCAACCCAGACUACUCUGAUAUUUUCUUAAGAACAUCAGUGGUCAGUUUGAUAUAAUGUCCUAAAAUGUCCAUUUGUAUUUUUUAUCGAUUUUUAUUACGAUAAAAAGAAUCCCAAAUCUAGCUCUUUAAAGUUUAAAGACUUGCAACUUGAGCCAACCUUUAAGUCUGUGCACAGCUCUUUGAGUAAUCCUGUUAACAGACCAACCAAACCAGUUACAGGUUAUUUAUUUUUAUUCAGAUGUGAUUUUCUGAGCCUUGGCAGUGAUCUUUCUUUAACAUUGGAGUGUCUCUAACUCGUCCUCUACAUGCCACCCUUCUCACUUCGGUUGUAGGUUUUAAAUAAGGCAAUCUGAGACUGUUUGCCUGCUUCCUCGGGCCCGGAUCGGAGCAGAUGAAGGGCCGGUGUUGUAGUAAAGUUGCAUGUCCAUGUGUCCCAGCUCCGUAUUGCAGCGCGUCGUCUUCAUACGGUGUGAAUAAUCUGCUGUUAGAUCCACAGCACUAAAAACUCUGACGUCUUUGUUUCCUUCGGAUGUGACUCUUUGUCUUCAUGAGGGACGGCUUCAUAGCAACAAGAAAAAGUUAAGACUUUAGGCAACAAAAGUUUAACUGUCAGGUGUAACACUAGUGUUUGUUUUCUCUGCAGUACGAAGUGGUUUGUAACAUUGAAGAACUUUUUCUUUGGCU